AUGCAAUCCCUGCGCAAUGGAGAACGACGUUUUCGUGCUGUUCUCUCUCAGCCUCAUUCGCCGUCGCUCAUUCAUUGUCGACGUGCCAGUUUUAUGAACCCCUUCGCAUGGGUUAAAGAGAAACUAGGCGCUGGCUUACGGGAAAAACCAACCCAAAAGGAACUGGAAGCAGGGAAGCUACAGGCUCAAAGAGAGGGAACGGCAAACGUCUUUGAGGCCGUCCCUGUACCCACUAAGAAGGCGCUCAAGCGGGUCACCACACCACUCAAACCCAAGCCAACCUCUCACAAAUACUCGACGGCCAACUUCAAGAUUUCUCAUCGAAAACUCAACAUGCUUGGCCAACAAAUAUCCGGGAAACCGAUAGAUUACGCGAUCCUACAAAUGCAAUUCAGCGAGAAGAGGGCUAGCACCCGCAUCAUGAACAUGUUGGUAACGGCGAAAGACCAUGCCAGUCGUUACAAGCAGUUGAAAGAGCCAAAGUUGAUCGUUGCUGAAGCGUGGGUUACAAAAGGCCCACGGCAACCUGGUCAAUUGGAACCCCGUGGACGAGGACAUUAUGGCAUUCGAACCCACCCCAACUCGAAGAUGACUGUGGUUUUGAAGGAGGGCAAGACACUUGAGCAACAGAAGGCUGAGAAGCGGAAGAAACAGCUGAGAAAAGUGGUUUCAGCGGCGCUUGCGCGGGAAGACAGGCCCAUUCGAAAUCCUGCGCCUACUUGGGGAUGGUAG